AUGGACCAGAGUGAUUGGGACGAACAUGCAGAACGUCUCAUGUUCGCCUUGAAUACCUCGUUCAACGCUACAAGAUUAGACAGUUCGUUUUAUCUGGUUCACGGCUGGGAUGCUCAAGGGGCCAUAUUCGCAAUGCUGGGCUCGAAACCAUCCACAGUCGAAGAACGAACAGCCAUGGAAUGGCGUCGUAAGAUGCAAUGGGAUUAUCGCUAUGCACUUGCAUGCGCUGAAGACUUGCAAAAGAACGCGAAACGUCCGAGAUCUGCCGCCCAGACGCGUAAGUGGAAGGAACUCUCGGACCGUGUAAAGGCAGGUUUCGAAGCUGGUGACUCUGUCUGGUUGUAUAUUCCCAAAGUCCGUACAGGAUUGAGCCGCAAAUUAGUUCACAUAUGGCACGGACCUUUCCGAAUCGAUGAAAUCCAUGAUGACUUCAGAGUCAAGCGAGAUAGUUGGGAGCCGGACCCUGCAAAGGAUGAGUAUGAAGUCGAAGCCAUCCUGGAUCUCAGGUGGAUCAAACGUACAAGGACCUCCAAGCGUUCUCGGGAAUAUCUCAUGAAGCGGAAGGGAUACACGGAUCCAGAAUGGAUACCUCUGGCUCAACUUAAUUGCGGGGCACUGUUGUACGAAUUCAACCAAGGCGCUAAGGCCAGCGCACGUUUCCAGGCCAUGCAAGCUGGAGACGAUCACCAUGGGAACUAG